AUGCCGCCGUAUUACGAGCCCCUGCCGGCCUCUGCCAGGCCUGCUCACCUACUUUCGUCGCCACCUUCUUGGAUCACUAACUCCCAGGCACGGUCAACCACUCCAGCGAACAACGGGGUGAACGCGUCUUCGAUUCUGAAGGAACUCCCAUCGGAGGUUCUGAUACCGACGUUUCUCAUCUUGGUGUUGUCCAGUAUUACGGUGACGGCCAUGAACGGCGUGUUCAACAUGUUUGCCCACAGGGAUCGCAUGGUGAUGGAGACGUUCCAGCAAUGGCGCCGCGUGCUGUGGAUGAGCAAGGCGGCUCACAUUGUGGAGGCACCAUCUGCCGACCAGGCGCCCCAUAUGACGCAGGCGCACCACCCAGGUGCCGUGACAGUGACCAGCACCCCUGCGAUGUCACCAGUAGAGCUGUACAACAGCGCCGCCUUCUUCCGUGGGAUUGCCGGCCCCACAGCCUUGGCGGCGUCCCCUACCGGUACCACGACGUCUUCUGCAACGGAUGUCGUCAUAGUUGAUCGGGGCGGUGUUGGCGCAGUAACACUGUCCUUUCACGCGGCGUUAGGGGCGCCGUACACCGGAGAUGCCGCUGCACUUACAGAGAUGGAGAUGUACCACGAGGAGAACCCACCCGCGGCGGUGCCUGCGCCAGUAGUGGUGGAGGCCCUCACAAACACGAUGGAGGCGGUGCGGCGGGAGAGCCAGCGCAUUAUCUUCGAGUUCCACCCAUACUACAUCAUCCUCUGUGCCACCAAGGCCUUCGCGAUGCUCAUUUAUAUUCAAUAUCAUUUUGGCAGAAUCGACGGGGGCUGGCGCCGGUUUUGCAUCUGCGGUGCGGCGAACAUCUUCUCCGGCCUCCUUACCCCAGUUUGGGAGUACACCAUGAUGGUGCUCCUCCCACGAGACCUCGACCGCACCACACCGGUGGUAGUGAAGGAGGAGAAGAAAACAGACUCUGUCUUUAUCGUGGAGCUGCUGCUGCGCAUCAGCAGCCUUGAGCUGAAUGACUUACCGACAGUUCUGGUUCAAGGCACCAGCUUCGUGGCGUUUGCCGCGGUACUCGUGCCGCUUCUUUGCGUAUUUUGCUUGUCAGGUCUCGUACGGUACCUGUGGAUUUACGUGCCUCUCUGGCUUGUGUACUUUGUGGUGCGCCAGAUCUACUACCAAGGCGCUGGCACCCUUCCCUCCGCCAGGGCGCGCAACUCUGCGGCUGUAAUGGGCAUGACGAGUGAGAUGCUGAAGGCGUUCCUGAUGAAGAUGCUUACCGUGCUUGUGCUGCUCUUCACGAUGCAGUCCAGCUUAUUGCUCGGUCUGGCGUGGGCGGAGGGGGCGACGUACGAUGAGGGACUGGAGUACAUGACGACGCAGGAGUUCGGCUUUCACACAGGCGCCUUUGCGUCCUCGUUCCGGAAAGUGUGUUUGGUGAGUCAGUUAUUCUUGUGA